AUGAACGUAUUUCCUGUUGGCUCGCGCGUCUUGUUUUAUGACUCGUCGGGGCGUAUUGUGGGAGGUGUCGUGGAGUCCACGAGUCACAUGGCAGAUGGUACUCAAAUGGUUCUUGUCAAGCGCGAUAGCGGAGGGGGCUGCAAGUGUGUCUCCUGGUUAGUUGGAGGAAAUGUCGAAGAUGGGGAGGACAACUGGGAUAAAGCCCAUAUAGCUAAAGGCCCUUAA